CUCUUGAACGAUUUCAAACCGAACCCGAGUGUUUGGACACCGAGGAGGAGGAGGGGGAGGUGGGAGAAGAGGAAGAAGAGGAGGGGGGUACCGCUGCUAAUUCCGAGUAGGCUGGGUGGAAAGCCCUGAGCAGUCGGUCCACCUUAGUAAAGAGGCUUAUCCGAGGGCUGUUGUUGACCGGGGAAACGCGUCCAGGAGAGAAGCAAGUGGGCUUUCGCCGGGCCACGGUGCUUACUCGAGCGCACGGCAAUCGCUCGUUAAAAAUUCCCAGAUUCAUUUGCGUUUUCAGCGUUUCCCAUCGAGCCGCGCGGAGCGAUGUCCGGCGGAGGCGGCGGACACUGCGGAGGAACGCGCUGCGCGGCGCUGCGCUGACAGGACCGGCACCUGGCUGGAAAUCGCUGGUAAUCGACCCAAACAAAUAUACACAUAUCACGUGGUUUCGUUUCGGACGAAUGUGAAUGUGAUCAGUUGUUUUUGUUAGUUUUUUUAUUAUUCAUAAAUGAUUUCCCUCCUGUAGAUUGGCAAAGGCAGUCAGUUCAUGCUCGGGCAGCAUCCCACUCAUGUUUCCACUAUCGGCCUGUUUUUAGUUUUUUUUUUUUUUUAUAAAAAAGAAGGCAUCGCGACACUUUUUUGGGACAAUGUACUCGUUCUUUUUUUUGAAAUACAAUGAACUUGAGGGUUGAUCGUUAAUAUCAAGCCACCGUUUUUUUUAGUUUUGUUUUUUAAUAACGAACUGAGACUCUUGGUCAAAGACAGCCAUGGCCAAAAACCCCUCCGAGGCGCCGAGGGACGACCUGAGCCAGCUGACGGACGACGAGCUGCUGCGGUGCAGCAAAGAGGAGCUGCUCAGGAGACUGAGGAAGGUGGACGGCGAGAAGAUGACGCUGAUGAUCGAGCACGGCAACUUGAUGAAGGACAUCAACCGCAGGCUGCAGGUGCACCUGCACGAGAUCCGGAGCCUGAAGGAGAUCAACCAGAAGCUGCAGGACGACAACCACGAGCUGCGCGAGCUCUGCUGCUUCCUGGACGACGACCGGCAGAAGGGCAAGAAGCUGUCCCGAGAGUGGCAGCGCUUCGGCCGCCACACGGCCAGCGCCAUGUGGAAGGAGGUGGGCGCCUACAUGAUGAAGCUGAAGGAGCUGGAGGCCAACCAGGAGACCGUGCUCAGGGAGAACUCCGAGCUGAAGGAGAUCGUCCUCAUGCUGGACGAGGAGAGGAGCGGAGCGGGGUCCAGGAGCUCCAUAGACAGCCAGUCCAGCUUGACCAACCUGAACGGGGGCACCGGCACGGUCCGGGACGUCGGGGACGGCAGCAGCACGUCCAGCACGGGCAGCGCGGGCAGCCCCGACCACCACAAUCACAACCACAUACACAAGCCCUCAGAGAACAGUAAGCUGGGCCCCACCAUGAGGAGGUCCAUGGAUGACCUGUCGGCACCACACCACCACAGGAGCAUCCCCAACGGACUCAAUGAUCCCUCCUCCAACUACAUCAGGCAGCUGGAGACGAAAGUGCGGAUCCUGGAGGACGACAACAGCAAGCUCCUCUCACAGGCGCAUAGCCGUUAUAGCUUAUCACAGAUACAGACCAAGAAAAAGUGUAACCCAGGUGACCUCCGUGCCCUGAGGAAGGGGAUGACCCUCUACCACUCCGAGUCCCAGCUGUCCUCACUGCCCCAGCGCCAGGACGCCAUGCACAUGGGCACGGGCCGUCUCCCAACCAGCGAGUCCUCCCCUGCCACAGGCUACCUGUCCUGUGUCCAGAAGCCCGAGGCUGUGGUGCACGCCAUGAAGGUGCUGGAGGUCCACGAGAACCUGGACAAGCAGGUCCCCGAGGACUACGAGGACGACCUCAGUGAGAAAGAGAAGGCCAUCGUGCGAGAGAUGUGCAACGUGGUGUGGAGAAAGCUGGGUGAUGCCGCGGGAUCAAAGCUGUCCGUCAGACAGCACCUCUCUGGGAACCAGUUCAAAGGGCCGCUGUAGCGCCACAAGCCGGCGGGAGAUGGAGAGGGAGAGAAAAAAAAAAGAGGGAGAUCGGGAUGUACAGUACCUGCGCCUCACCGGAAAACACCUCUCCCUACCCGCGGCCCACAGGACCCACCAUGCCGCGCUCCCUACCCACUGCCUACAGCAUUCCCCCAACAAGCACUCCCUCACGACGUGGCUAAGACAGACGCAAAACUGACCACAUGCAAGUCACGUGUACAACUCUGCGUGUACGGCGUGUUUUUUAAUCAUCCCUCGGAGCUUAUGUUGACAACUGGCAGCUAGUUUCACUGAUUCGCCACUCUUUUUUUUUAAUACUUUUGUUGGUUUGGAGGCUUCCGGCUACGCAAUGAUCUCUCACUCUCCCCCGAAACCGCGACAGACACACACACACACACACACACACACCCCACUCGUAGCGCUUUCGACGCGUGACACGGUUUCAGGCACAGGGCAGAUUUGGCCGCAGGGGCAGAAUCUCUCUUCACAUGUUGGGAUGUGAUGGCGGCGCUGUGGCGGUAUCUUCAGAUACGUUUUUGAUAGGACCUCCUGAUAGAGACCCUAGCUCCAGUCACAUGUAUUCCCCCCCCCAGUGGUCAACGAGUAUAACUAGCAUUAGCGUUCUAAAGUGUUAACUAAGUGAAACCCACUGUGACCUAGCACCUUUUUGCUCAUAUCCGUGGAUAAUGAAGUCUAGAGAUCACUGUUAACUUGUGUAUAUUAUGUAUAAAACAAUGGCACUAUUUCAUUGUUAUUGUUGAUUUUCGUUUAUAUGCGUUUUGUAUUUCUAGCGUGGCCAUGUGAUCAAUAAUCUAGUUUGGGGGAAAAAGCACAUACAACCGGACCUUAAACAGGGUUUGCUUUUGGUAAUAAACGUAAUUUUCUUUUUUCUUUUCUUUACUUCCUUUUAAUUCUCUUCCAGAAGAAUUGCUAUCGUCGCUUCUUUUCUGUAACCUCCGAAAAAUGUAUCAAGGCCAUUUUGAAUCAAACCAUCUCAAUGGGUCAAUCGGAUCCGUAAUUUUCUUACUCGGUGAAAUUAACUAAAAUUGUAUGCUGUGUGCAUGCUUGACAAUCAUUUCCUCAGGUCGGGAGGGCUACAGCUUUACCUUUGCCCAUAUGUGACUGUGAGAGUGUGUGUGUGUGUGUGUGUGUGUGUGUGCGCGUGUGCUUGCGUGUGUGUGUGUGUGUGCGUGCGUGUGUGUGUGUGUGUGCGUGCGUGUGUGUGUGUGCGUGUGUGCGCGUGUGUGUGUGUGUGUGUGUGUGUGUAAGGGGACUGAGUGGUUCUCCUGCAGCUGUAGCAUCUGCCUGUGAAUCCCCCCGUUCUGUUUUUGAACCCUGGUUACAGCAUGGUUGAAGAAUGCUGAAGACAUUUGCUGAAUCCAUACUAAAAGCCUUGUCCCAUUAAUGGUAAUAACAUUCCCAAGACCAAAUACUACCCCCCCCCCCCCCACUCUGAAUUCUUUGGUUAUCGUUUUUUAUAUCUCAGUAGAUGAAAAGGUCAUUUUUGUUUCCCUGAGCUCGGACCUUUUCUGUAGUCAUGGAUUCAGCAGGUGUGUUUAUGCAGCGCAUGUUUUCUUAAAGUUGAAUCUCAGUUUUUUCUUAGAAUAUGAGCGAUAAGUCUUCCCUUAGAUGUCUUUUUAAAAAAACACUUACAUUUAAAAAAAUGAGUAUCUCUUGAUGUCAGAACGAACAAACGCUGUUUGUCCGAGUAUUUAUUGCCAGGUGUCAGAUGGAGAUGGGAGCGCUGUCGGCCACUGGUGGGUCAUAUUGAAUUUAUCAGAUUCAGUCCUCAGCGUGGUCUGAUAGAGGACUGUACUGACUCACGGCUCGGGCUCUCCCAUCUCUAGUGUUAUUUGUUCCAAAUUAGAACAUUUCUGACGGCUGCCCACCGUGCGCCUCUGUUCUCUCAAAUAAUGGGUCGAAAAGAAGAAAACAAUAAAUCAAAUUAUGUCUUUUUAAAAGUGUCCUUUUUUCUAGGAACAGAUUUGAAGCCAUGAUACAAUUUUGAAUACUUUAUAUAGAAAUAUAUAUAUAUAUAUAUAUAUAUAUAUAUAUAUAUAUAUAUA